AUGUGUCCAGACAUACUGGAAUUGCUCCUUAAGUUCCGUCAAAAUCGAAUUGCAUUUACAGCUGACAUCGAACAAGCAUUCUUGCAGAUUUCUCUUGCUGAUGAAGAUGGAAACGCAGUCAAGUUUCUAUGGAACGAUGGUGAAUUAAAUGGAACCAAAACAAAGGCUCUUCGUAUGACAAGGGUAAUUUUUGGAGCAACAUCUAGUCCGUUUCUUCUCAGAGCAACUCUUAAUGUACAUGUUGACAAAUACAAGUUACAGUAUCCGAACGUAUUUUCCAUGCUAACUGAAAAUAUGUAUGUUGACGAUUUAAUCGCUGGAGCAGAUGAAGAAUCAGAAGCAUUCGAGGAAUCGGAACAUAUUAAACGCAUACUGAAAGAAGGUGGAUUUAACAUGCGGAAGUGGAAAACGAAUGAAACGAAUUUACAAAGGGUAUGGAAUGAAGAAGAUUUUUCACACGAUUCGACUUGUUCUAAAGUAUUGGGAUACAUAUGGAAUAGGAUUUUAUUGCAAGAUUUAUGGGAACAAAAGAUAGCAUGGGACACUGAAAUACCAGAAAAUCUCAGAAAGAAUUGGCAAAGCUGGUGUGAUGAAUUAGCUCAUAUUUCUAGUUUGGAAAUACCAAGACAUCAGUUUGCAGGUGCUGGGAAAAGGGAUAUAAAGGAUGGUUUACAGUUACACUGUUUCACAGAUGCGAGUCAGAAGGCCUAUGGGGCUGUUCUGUAUUUUCGUUAUUCGAAAAAUGGAGUCAUUCAUACAAGUUUCAUUACAUCAAAAUCACGAGUAGCACCUUUGAAAAAAUUAUCACUUCCCAGAUUGGAAUUGAUGGGUGCUUUGAUAGGCUCUCGCGCUUGUCAAAAUUACAUUCAAAAGAAACUUCGGGACAUUGAUUUAAUUGUAUAUAUGUGGACUGAUUCUAGUAUAACGUUACAUUGGAUUAGAAGUGAUGUGAAAAGGUGGAAGCCAUUCGUUCAGAACAGAGUGAAGGAAAUACAGAAGAAUUCAGAUGUCUUGAACUGGAGAUAUACGCCUGGUGAACAUAAUCCAGCUGAUUUACUAACUAGAGGUGAAAAUGUCAAACAUCUGAAGCAGAAUAGCAUAUGGUGGGAAGGGCCCACGUGGUUGAAAGAAGAAAUGGAACACUGGCCAAAACCGAAUUUAUGUUCCACAAAGAACAUUGAAGAUUCCAACAAGGAACUAAGAAAAACAAAGGAAGUUUUCUCAUCAGGUGGUAGGGCACGGAGGAAUAGCAGAUACCUUAAAUCAGACAAAUUUUGGUUGCUGAAGGCUCGUCGAAAAAUUAAAAGUGUUCUGUACAAUUGCAAUGUCUGCAAAAUAUUUCGAACUAAAACUGUCAUGCAAGAUAUGGCACCUCUCCCACCAGACAGAUGCCGAGAAGCCUUUCCGUUUGAGAACUCCGGAAUAGAUUACGCGGGUCCACUGUACGUCAAAGGUGGAAAAGAAUUAUCUAAGACAUACGUUUUACUGUUUACCUGUGCUGUAACUAGAGCCGUGCAUUUAGAACUUACGGCUGACCUUUCCACAGAAAAUUUUUGCUUGCAUUUAGACGGUUCAUAG